GCAGUGUCAGCGAGCACUCAACGUCCUCCUCUGGUGAAGUGGUUUACUUGAACUUGAAGGAAGGAAAAAAAAUGUCUCCACUUCUGAAAAGCGUCUUCGAUAUCACCGAAAUUUUCAAUCAGUAUGCCUCCCAUAGUUGUGAAGGUGCAGCACUAAGCAAGAAAGACCUAAAGAAUCUCCUUGAAAGAGAAUUUGGAGAUGUCCUUCGGAGACCACAUGACCCUGAGACGGUAGAUGUGAUCCUGGAACUUCUGGAUCGCGACUGUAACGGGCACGUCGAUUUCAAUGAAUUCCUCCUGCUGGUUUUCAAGGUGGCUCAGGCUUGUUAUUAUGCUCUUGGCCAGGCCGCAGGGCUAGAGGAGGAGGAGAGGAGAGUCCAGGGUGAAAGGAAGGGGAACCUGAUACAAGAUCGUAGGCAAGAAGACCAAAGGAGAUUCGAGUCCCGGGACAGACAGCUGGACGAGGAACCUACACACCAACGCCGGCAGAGGAGGCAGGUACAGGAGCGGGAGCGCGGGGAGCAAGAGGAGCAAAGGAAGAAGCCAGAGAGACGAGAGCAGCGCGACUGGCAAAGGCAAGAAAUCGAAGAGCGCCGCGCAGAGGAAGAGCAGCUGCGGAGACGCCAGAGUCGAGACGCCGAGGAGUAUCUAGAAGAAGAACCAAGUCGAGAGAGGCGGGCGCAGCGCGAACGUCCGGAAGAGCAACUGCAAAAGAGAGAGCCAGAAGUGCGACGCGAGCGGGCGCAAGAGAGACAGCUGCAGCAGAGGCGCGAGCAGGAGCUGGUGUCUGAAGAGGAGGCGGAGGCACAGGCCCGGGAGAGGUUGCAGUGGCAGCUGGAUGGCGAGGCUGAAGCACGUCAGAGCAAAGUCUACUCCAGGCCUCGCCGACAGGAGGAGCAGGAGGAGGAGAGGCGGCCCCGGGAGCGAGAGCUGCAGCGGAGGGAGCUGGAGGAGGAGGAGCAACGCCGCGACCAAGACUUGAGGCCGCAACUAGAGGAAGAAAGUCAGAGGCGCCAGCACACGCCGACCGCCAAACACGGCCCGCGGGAGCAGCUCAGGAAGGAGGAGCAGCGGGAGGAAGAGCAGCUGCAAAGGGAAAGGAGGCGCCAGCAGCGGGCGAGGCAAUAUCGGGAGGAAGAGCAGCUGCAGCAGGAAGAGGGGCAGCUGCAGAGGGAGAGGCAAUAUCAGGAGGACGAGCAGGAGGACGAGCAGCAGCGGUUCCGGGGGGCAGAUCAGCGCCGCGAUCUGAAAUGGCAGUGGCAACCAGAAAGAGAAAGGGAAGUGCGUAAUAACAGGGUUUUCUCCAAACGCAGAGAGAACGAAGAGAAGACCCGACGGCUGGAUGAUUCUCAGGCGUUGGACAGGCCUUUCCUGCAAGAGGAAGAGGAGAAGAGAGAGCUAGAACGAGAGAGAAGGCGCCGGCUGCAGCGCGACCGGGAAUUCCCUGCCGAAGAGCCGCUGGAGCGAGAGGAGCGAAGAGUGGCGAAAAGGCAAGAUGCGAAGUCCCAAGAGGAGGAGCAGCUACCGAGGGAAGAGAGAGAGAAGACCAGGCAAGAGAGAGACCGCAAGUUCCGUGCGGAGGAGGAGCGGCUGGAGCGCGACAGAAAAUUCCGGGAGGAAGAAGUGCUCCGCCAGGAAAGGGAGGAGGAGCUGCUGCGCCGCCAGGAGCGCGACCGAAGAUUCCGCCAGGAACGGGAGGAGGAGCAGCUGCGCCAGGAGCGCGACCGUCAGUAUCGGGCGGAGGAACAGUUUGCCAGGGAGAAGCGUCGUCAGGUGCCAGAAUUGGGGCAACAAGAGCAGAGACGUCGCCAGGAGCGGGAGAGGAAAUUCCGAGAAGAGCAGCUCCGCCGCCAGCAGGAGGAGGAGGAGAGACGCGCCCAGGAGCCAGCCUCGCGCCCGUCGGUCGGCGCUCCCGUGCGCUCCAGCCCCCUCUACGAGUACAUCCAGGAGCAGAGAGCUCAGUACCGCGCCUGAGCGAGGCCGCCGGCAUCCCUGCCAAAGCUUCCAGCCAAAGAGAAUGAGAAACACUGGGUACCAAGGAAUGGCUCACGUGUUUACGGUUGUGGGAAAACUCUCUGAUGUUCGAAUGCGCCUUUUCUUCCAAACUCUCGAGCUAUGCUCAUUUCAUUACUUUGUACUCCUACCUUUAAUUCUGUCUCAGGUAGUUCUUUACUGCAAGAUGUCUUUGUUCUUUGGUGCAGGUAUGGUGUACAUUUUUAAAAACAUGUCAUUUAAAUUGUUCACAGAGUUUUGUUUGAAGAACACAUUGAUUUGUUGCCUUUUAAAGUAACAAUACAACAAGUUGAGACUCAAAAUAAUUGAGUAUAGUUUUAAUGGCUCAUUACCUCUGAGUGGUUUACAUGUUUUUAAGGUUGAUAUAUUUUUUCUUGUGCCUAAAUUUCAUUGAUCUACUGCCAAAUAACUCACUGGGUUUUGAUUUUGAUUUUGGCAUAAUUAACACAUGUUCCACAAGUUGCCUGAAUUUUUGCAACCCUCAAAUAAAUCAGGGAGAGGAACUUUUGGCAGAAAAACUCCCUGUGGAAUCAGCACCUAUAACUAAAAGAAAUAUCUGUUAAGAAUUUAAGUGUAGAAUUUGGAAUUAGAUUUUUAAAAAAUAUAUAUACUUAAUGCCACUCAAAACCCCAGGAAGCAAAAGCAAUGUGUUUAUCAACUUCAUAGCUCUAAUUUUGAAGCUAUAUCUGCUGUAGUUUGUAGUGCUCAGUUCUGUUCCCCCAAUGAUGAAUUUGAGAGUAUUGCUACUUUUGUUAAUGUUAGCUUAGAGGAAACCUACUCAGGACCCUGUAAGUUUGUCUUGCUCUAGGGCCAAUAGGUGACAGAGAGCAUGUUGGGAAAGGAAAGAGGGAAGUGUGUGAAUAGAGAGGCAAAUUUCUAGAGGCCCUUUGAGAAGACUUAUCCCCAAUCCUUUGAGGCCUGAUACUUACUACCUUGGAGACAUUCUGUUGAAAUAAUUGGACUGUAUAAAAAUUUAAUAAAUGUUUGGCAAAUACUUA